GAGCACUUUUACAGGAUGCGUCGAUUUAGGUAAUAUGGGACCCAGGCUUUACGCUGCCAGUAAUUCUCGAGCAUGAGGAUCGUUAUUCGAAGAUUGCAUCAGCUGAAGUUUUUUGUGACAAUCUCAACGUAUCCUAGGUAUUCUUCUGAUUCUUUUCCCAAAAUGGUUCUGGAUCUAGAUUUUUACAGGGCUGACAAAGGAGGUAACCCAGAAAAAAUUCGGGAAAAUCAGAGCAAGCGGUAUAAGGACACCACAUUGGUAGAUCAGGUAGUUGAGGCGGAUGCAAAAUGGAGGAAAUUACGAUUCUCUGCCGAUAACUGGAAUAAACUCAAGAAUUUAUGCAGCAAGCAGAUCGGCGAAAAGAUGAAGCGAAAAGAACCUGUUGGUGACAGUAAUGAGCUACCUCAAAGUAUAGUGGAUGCAUUGGAAGUAAUUACCCCGGACAUGUUAGAGGGUCUAACAGUUACCCAGAUCAAGGGUGUGCGGACACUUAUUGAUGAAAAUAUAGCCAAAUGCAAUGAGGAGGUUGUUAAAGUGGAACAACUAAGGAAUGAGAAGUUAUUUGAAGUUGGCAAUCUUUUGCAUGAGUCAGUUCCUAUUAGUAAUGAUGAGGAUGACAACAAGGUUGAAAGAACAUGGGGUGACAGUUCUAUUAGAAAGAAAUACUCUCAUGUGGAUCUGGCGUACAUGGUGGAUGGAGUGGACACUGAGAGGGGUGCAUCUGUGGCAGGCAGCAGAGGCUAUUUUCUGAAGGGACCUCUUGUAUUCCUAGAGCAAGCCCUCAUUCAGUUGGCAACACGAAUGCUGUACAAGAAGGGUUUUAUUCCACUCUACACACCUUUUUUCAUGAGGAAGGAAGCUAUGCAAGAAGUAGCUCAAUUAAGUCAGUUUGAUGAAGAGCUGUAUAAGGUUAUCGGUAAGGGUGCUGAUGAAACAGGUUAUGAAGAAAGAUACCUAAUUGCUACAAGUGAACAGCCAAUUGCUGCAUUUCAUCGCGGUGAAUGGAUGGCUGCAAAUGAACUUCCCAAGAAAUAUGCUGGAUUCUCUUCGUGCUUCAGACAAGAAGCAGGUGCUCAUGGGAGGGACACUCGUGGUAUUUUUAGGGUACAUCAGUUUGAAAAGGUGGAACAAUUUGUUAUCUGUUCUCCUCAUGAUGGUGUUUCCUGGAAACUCUUUGAUGAGAUGAUUGCCAGUGCUGAGGAAUUUAAUCAAGCUCUAGGAAUUCCUUACAGAAUUGUUAAUAUUGUUUCUGGUGAACUUAACAAUGCUGCCGCCAUGAAGUACGAUCUGGAAGCGUGGUUUCCAGGCAGUGGUGCGUUCCGUGAAUUAGUUUCCUGCUCAAACUGCACGGAUUACCAAGCAAGAAGAUUACAAGUUCGUUUUGGACAGACGAAGAAAAUGGGAGCGCAGACGGAAUACGUUCAUAUGCUCAACGCUACGAUGUGUGCUGUGUCGAGAACCAUUUGUGCACUGUUGGAGAAUUAUCAAACAGAAGAGGGAAUUGCUCUCCCCCCUGUGCUGAAGCCUUUACUUCCCGAAGGCCUGGACUUUAUUAAAUUCGUCAAACCAGCUCCAAUCGACGAGAAACCAGAGGCGAAGAAACAAAAGAAAAAGACGAAAAAUAAAGCGGGCGGCCAGAGUGAGGGAUGUUUAGAGGCUAAAAUGGAAGACAUGAAUGUCAGCAAAUAGUGAACACUGAAUUAUUAAUAAAUCAAUCAGCUCUGCUAAGCGAAUGGCCUUGUUGCACGAUGGCUAGCAGUUGGCUAACAGCUGGCUUAAUGUCUGACCUCGUAGUCUGUGCACAAGCAAAUUAGUUGGGUACCCCCUCACCUUUAUUUUUCUUUCUUUAAACAAACCUUUCAAUUUGACUUUAGUUCGAGAGCCUCACACCUGAGAGUUUUGAUGUUAUACUCACUCUAUUAGACCAUGGUUCCCUGUCGUCAUCAGAAUAUUUUCCACCAUUAUAUUAUUGAUAGAAAGCGAACUAGCGACAGCCUGUAGGCAGGUCGGUAGACACUGACCAAUCACAGCCGUGAUAGCUUAGAGAACUUUUUUGAUAGUUGAUUACAAGUGUCCUCUUUCGUCAGUUGAGUGUAACAUCGUCACUCUCUUCAGAGUAAGUAAACAUAAAAAUGUUGUUACUAAGGUUAUGGCUUGUAUAGCAAAAGGUGUAGUGAACUAGACUGCAAAAAAAAAGGAAUAAAAAUCAAGUGGAAGUUUCA